AUGUGCCGCCAUUUCGGUUGAUGCUAUUGUUAGCGGAGUUAACGUACCGCGACGGUGAAAGGAAGCUGGCUGUUGUUUUUGGAUUAAAUUAGAGCCGUAAUGUUCAUAGGGUUAUAUUUCAUGGUACAAGAGCAAAGAAAAAGACUAACUAGCGAUUUUAAGCUGUGUGGUGUGCGCGGGAGACGCAACUAAGGAGAAUUUACUGCGCGUCUCAAUUGGGUUCACGUUAGCUUAUCUCGUUAGCUUAGCCGGAGAAAGGAGAGGUCGCUUUCCUGAAAGACGGACUUCCAGCGCUUCGCCAGACUCGCCAUAGAAACCUCAUCGUUUUCAAGCUGAGUAACGCAGAGUUCGCUCUGUUGUUGUCGUAUUGAGUCAGUAGCUCCGCGUUUCUUGGCACACUGACGACCGUUCGGCGAGACUCGAAGACAGAAGGGGAGAUGGCGAGCUCGGUGGGAAACGUGGCCGACAGCACAGAACCAACAAAACGUAUGCUUUCCUUCCAAGGGUUGGCUGAGCUGGCACACCGCGAGUAUCAGUCAGGUGAUUACGAGGCAGCAGAGCGCCACUGCAUGCAGCUGUGGAGGCAGGAACCUGACAACACUGGCGUCCUGCUGCUGCUGUCUUCCAUCCAUUUCCAGUGCCGCAGGCUCGACAGGUCGGCGCACUUCAGCACUCUGGCCAUCAAGCAGAAUCCCAUGCUGGCUGAGGCCUACUCCAACUUGGGCAAUGUGUACAAGGAGCGCGGUCAACUGCAGGAGGCCAUCGAGCACUACCGCCAUGCACUCCGCCUUAAGCCAGACUUCAUUGAUGGCUACAUCAACCUGGCUGCCGCCUUGGUUGCUGCAGGGGACAUGGAGGGAGCUGUGCAGGCUUAUGUGUCCGCUCUCCAGUACAAUCCUGAUCUCUACUGUGUGCGCAGCGACUUGGGGAACCUUCUCAAAGCUCUUGGCCGUUUGGAAGAAGCAAAGGCUUGCUACCUGAAGGCAAUCGAGACUCAGCCAAACUUUGCUGUGGCGUGGAGCAACCUGGGCUGCGUGUUUAAUGCCCAGGGAGAGAUCUGGCUGGCCAUUCAUCAUUUUGAGAAGGCAGUGACUUUGGAUCCCAACUUUUUGGACGCUUAUAUCAACUUGGGCAAUGUUCUUAAGGAAGCCCGCAUCUUUGACAGAGCUGUUGCCAGUUAUCUGAGAGCCCUCAGCCUCAGCCCCAAUCACGCCGUGGUCCAUGGCAACUUGGCCUGCGUCUACUAUGAGCAGGGUCUGAUUGACCUUGCCAUCGACACCUACCGACGUGCCAUUGAGCUACAGCCUCACUUCCCUGAUGCAUACUGCAAUUUAGCCAAUGCGUUGAAGGAGAAGGGCAAUGUUUCUGAGGCAGAGGAAUGCUACAACACAGCACUGCGUCUGUGCCCCACACAUGCAGACUCUCUCAACAACCUGGCCAACAUCAAACGGGAGCAGGGCAACAUCGAGGAGGCUGUGCAGCUGUACAGGAAGGCUUUGGAGGUGUUCCCAGAGUUUGCCGCAGCCCACUCCAACCUUGCCAGCGUCCUUCAGCAGCAGGGCAAGCUGCAGGAAGCGCUCAUGCACUACAAAGAAGCUAUCAGGAUCAGCCCCACCUUUGCUGAUGCUUACUCCAACAUGGGCAACACCCUGAAAGAAAUGCAAGACGUGCAAGGGGCGCUGCAGUGCUACACACGCGCCAUUCAGAUCAACCCUGCGUUUGCAGAUGCUCACAGCAACCUGGCUUCCAUCCACAAGGACUCUGGGAACAUUCCAGAAGCAAUUGCAUCUUACCGCACUGCUCUGAAGCUCAAGCCUGACUUCCCUGAUGCUUACUGCAACCUUGCUCACUGUCUACAGAUUGUGUGUGAUUGGACUGAUUAUGAUGAGCGCAUGAAGAAGCUGGUGAGCAUUGUGGCUGACCAGCUGGAAAAGAACCGUCUGCCCUCAGUACACCCCCACCAUAGCAUGCUUUAUCCUCUUUCUCAUGGCUUCCGCAAAGCCAUCGCUGAGCGACACGGCAACCUGUGUUUGGACAAGAUCAAUGCUCUUCAUAAGCCUGCCUACGAGCAUCCUAAAGACCUCAAAGCCAGCGCAGGGCGUCUGCGGAUUGGCUAUGUCAGCUCAGACUUUGGCAACCACCCCACUUCCCACCUCAUGCAGUCCAUUCCUGGCAUGCAUAACUCUGAAAAGUUUGAGGUGUUCUGUUAUGCCCUCAGUCCUGAUGACAGCACCAACUUCAGAGUCAAAGUGAUGGCUGAGGCUCAUCACUUUACUGACCUCUCUCAGAUUCCUUGCAAUGGCAAGGCUGCAGACAGGAUACACCAGGAUGGAGUUCACAUCCUCGUCAACAUGAACGGCUACACAAAAGGAGCCCGCAAUGAGCUAUUUGCCCUGCGCCCAGCUCCCAUUCAGGCGAUGUGGCUUGGAUACCCAGGCACCAGUGGAGCGCCUUUCAUGGACUACAUAAUUACAGAUAAGGAAACUUCUCCAGCUGAGCUGGCUGAGCAGUACUCCGAGAAGAUGGCUUACAUGCCUAAUACGUUCUUUAUUGGAGACCAUGCCAACAUGUUCCCCCACCUCAAGAAAAAGGCGGUGAUCGACUUCAAGUCAAAUGGACACAUUUUCGACAAUCGCAUUGUGCUGAAUGGCAUAGAUCUCAAAGCUUUCCUAGACAGCCUGCCAGAUGUCAAAGUCAUAAAGAUGGAGUGUGAUGGUCAGGAGGCCACAGACAGUAACGGAGCCCUCUCCAUGCCAGUCAUCCCUAUGAACACGGCAGCCGAGGCCAUUAUCAAUAUGAUCAACCAGGGCCAGAUCCAGGUCACAAUCAAUGGUUUCACUGUCAGCAAUGGCCUGGCUACCACUCAGAUUUUUACUCUCGAGGAGGUUGUAUUAUCUGGGACUGUAGCCUUACAGCAGAUCAACAAUAAGGCUGCCACAGGAGAGGAAGUUCCCAGAACGAUUGUGGUGACCACGCGCUCCCAGUAUGGUCUCCCAGAAGACUCCAUCGUCUAUUGCAACUUCAACCAGCUCUACAAGAUUGACCCCCCAACUCUGCAGAUGUGGGCUAAUAUUCUGAAACGUGUACCCAACAGUGUACUUUGGUUGCUACGCUUCCCAGCUGUGGGUGAGCCCAACAUUCAGCAGUAUGCCCAGAAUAUGGGUCUUCCGGCCAACCGCAUCAUUUUCUCCCACGUGGCCCCCAAAGAGGAGCAUGUGAGGCGUGGCCAGCUGGCUGACGUGUGCCUUGACACGCCGCUCUGCAACGGCCACACCACUGGCAUGGAUGUUCUCUGGGCCGGCACCCCCAUGGUUACGAUGCCAGGGGAGACGCUCGCCUCCCGAGUGGCUGCCUCUCAACUGACUUGCCUCGGCUGUCCUGAGCUCAUCGCCCAGAGUCGCCAGGAGUAUGAGGAUGUUGCUGUAAAACUUGGCACAGACAUGGAAUUCCUGAAGAAGGUUCGUUCCCGUGUAUGGAAACAGCGAAUUUGCAGCCCGCUUUUCAACACCAAGCAGUACACCGUGGAGUUGGAACGCCUCUACCUGCAGAUGUGGGAACACCACGCCAGUGGAGCUAAGCCUGACCACCUGAUCAAGCUGCAGACGAUAGAGACCAGCGAAAGCAACUGAACCGUCUUGCAGUCGCAUGUCCCCCUCUUCCCAUCUGUCCCAGACUUUUUCCUUCAGUCAGCUACCUUAAUCUCACGCGCCUCCAGUUUUCUUCAGUGUCAGAGACUCAAUCGAGCCUGCAGUUGAGCACCAUCACGGUAAUCUGACCAUCCAGCCACAGCUAUGUUUCCUGUGAGCCAGCGAGGAGAGCAUAAGGCUUGAGCUCCUUCACUGAGACUCUUUUCCCCAAAAAGAUCCUGUUCAUGCUGGCGUCGUUUCUGCUUGUGUGUGGAAUCUGAAAUGGGCUUUAAGAGCCCCUAAUUGUGAUCUACAUGUCUUUUAGAUUAAGGUUUUUUUUCAGGGGUCAGAAGAACAGCGAUGUACCUUGGAACUUUGCUAUGAUACUUUAAAAAAAAAGAAAAAAAAAAAAAAGACUUGGUUUAACAUGCUGACACAAACAUUAGCCUUUUUAGUUGGCAGAUAUGCUUCUGUAUCUAUUUUAGCCUGUUCAUCAUGACCCUGAGGUGAUGUGGAUGGGAAUGGUCACCUUUUUCCCUCACUGAUUUCCAACAUCUUGUUUUUUUUUUUUUUUUUUUUUUUUUUUUUUUCUUUUCUUUUCUUUUCUUUAUCAUUAAUGGUAAACUUUCUCAGUUGCACCAUUUGCUGAAGCACGCUCAGUGUCUAUAUGGACAAGCUAGACCGCAGAGCUUCUCAAUACACAGUGAACAUGGCCUGCAAACUACCCCCCGUAUUGACCCCACUUGCUAAUUUCUUUUAUUAUUUUUACCAGGAGAGGUGUAGGUAAGUAUUUUCUAAGCUGUCUUCGUUUUGUACACUGUCUUCCUAUUGAUCAUUUUAUUUAUGUCAUGUCAGUGAAGUUCUGCAAGGCUCUUACUUAAACUGAAAUAAAGAAAUGUGGCAAGCGUUCGGAA